AGCAGGGCGCGCCGGGCCCCCCGCCCGCCCGCCUUGCGCGCGCGCGCCUGCGCUGCUCCCCGGGCCGGGCGGCAGAUGGAAGCCCUGGAGAGGCGAUGACGGCGACGAAGCGCGGCCGAGUGGUGCAAAGCUGCGCCCGCAGGGCUUCGGCUUCAUCGCCCCUGAAGACGGCGGCGCCGACGUAUUCGUGCACUCGCGGGAGGCUGGCAUGCUAGACGAGGGGGACGUCGUCGAGUAUGAGGAGAAAGAGGACCGCAUGGGCGCGGGAAAGGUCGAGGCCACCCACAUCAAGGUGGUCAAGGAGGCCGGCGGCGGCGGCCGCGACCGGGGCGGCCGCGACAGGGGCGGCCGCCGCCGCGGCGGCAGCUCGGACUCGCGCGACGACGGCGAGUACAGCUAGAGC